AUGUGUAUUGAUUAUGGUGUGAAGCCACAAAGAAAGCAGUUAGCAAUCCUGUUCAUGAUUGUAUUUUGUGAGGAGAUUUUAGGAGCACAAUUGAAGACUAUGUUAGCGUUGGUAACAGACUAUAAGCUCUACCCACCGGAGAGGAGGAGGCAGAUCGACCGACAGCUGACUAAGGUGGAUCCACGGCGGAGGCAUGGCAAGAGGCCCCUACCCGCCGACGAGGAGGAAGAGGAGGAGGAGCUGCCCCCGGGCCCGCCGCCGCCAAAGCACGAGCAGCUGGAUCAGGAGCCGCAUCACGUCGACGUCUCGCAGCUGCAAGCAGGAGCCACCUUUAGCGCCGGCGGCGGCGGAGGGCCGUCGUCGUCGUCCGUCGUCGUCGGUGCGGCAGCCGCCGGCCCGUCGCCGGAGGCGUACGCGCAGUACUACUACUCGGCGCGCGCCGACCACGACGCCUCCGCCGUGGCCUCCGCGCUAGCCCACGUCAUCCGCGCCUCGCCCGACCAGCAGCUCCCGUCGCAGCAGCAGGCGGCGGCCUUGUACGCCGCCGCCCCCGGCCUUCAUCCGCAAGCGGCUGCGCACCACCAUCCGGGCGGCCACGUCGCCACUGCCGAGGAGGAGCAAGCAGGUCGGAGGCGGCACUACCGAGGGGUGAGGCAGCGGCCGUGGGGCAAGUGGGCGGCGGAGAUCCGGGACCCCAAGAAGGCGGCGCGUGUGUGGCUGGGCACCUUCGAAACGGCGGAGGACGCCGCCAUCGCCUACGACGAGGCGGCGCUGCGGUUCAAGGGCACCAAGGCCAAGCUCAACUUCCCGGAGCGCGUGCAGGGCCGAACCGACCUCGGCUUCGUCGUCACCCGCGGCAUCCCAGACCGGCACCUGCAGCAUCCAUCGGCGGCGGUGACCCUGGCAGCAAUGCCACCGCCGCCGCACCACCGGGGCCACCAGACCGUCGUGCCGCACCCUGACCUCAUGCAGUACGCGCAGCUGCUGCAGGGCGGCGGCCGGGGCGCCGGUGGUGACCACGCCGAGGCAGCGGCGGCGGUCCAGCAGGCGCAGCAGCAGCUCAUGAUGAUGGGCGGCGGCUGGGGCGUCAACCUGCCCUUCUCGUUCUCGCCGUCGUCGUCCUCGUCGGCGGCGCAGAUACUGGACUUCUCGACGCAGCAGCUCAUCCGGCCCGGCGGCGGCCCGCCGUCGUCGACGGCCGCGGCAAUGUCUUCGUCGUCGGCAGCCUCUGCGGCGGCACCGUCAACGCCGUCGUCCACGACCACAGCAGCGUCGUCGCCCAGCGGCAGUCAUGCAUGGCCGUACGGUGGGGGGCACCACAGGAAUAAAAAAGACGCGUGA